AUGUCGAGCAAUCUGCCAAAGGAUCCUCCCGGAAGUAGAGUUGAUUCCCUUUGGAAGUCUAGCUAGUAAGUGCUACGUCUUUCAUUUUUCUCAACUUUUUCUCGACUGUGUACCUUGUAGCCAGUUUGGUUAAUAUCACUUGCUACAUCUCUAAUUUGAUUGCCUUGCUCUCCUCCAUUUUGUUGGUACCAUAGUUGGAUUCGCAAUUACUAAGUCUGAUCCAGAUGUCGUUCUCGUGUCUCCCUAUCAGGAGGGCUUUUUCUGCACCCCUGACAAGAGUGACGAAUCUAAUUCUCUGGCACAUAAUCUGGCGCAAGAAUUUCAGUCUGUGGGGUUCGUGAUUACGCUACUCUUAAAGUCCCGUGUACCUAUAAUGAAGCUAGGACUGAAGGCUACAGAUUAG